AUGAUUUUUGUCCAGCCUGCAUCUGAAGUUUGUUGCAGACCCAGAUCUGAUCGACAUUUGCAGUGGAUAGACGGGGUAACGGCUGCGGGUAUGCCAUUAUCAAAAGGAAAAAUCCCCCCUCCCCAUACUGAAAAGGUAUGUUUCUAAAAGUUUGUGAUGCUGAUUUGUGACCACAAAUCCUGUCUCUCUUGCAAGAGCGCAAACUCAGAGACUCCGCCACGAUAUGCAGGCGAUCUGUAAUGCUGCAAGGCCUAUAGGGCAGACGUCUGCCAUGCUAGUCCCCUAGACCAAGGGGCCCCCCUUCGGCUUACGAUCUGCGUGCAGUCCUUUACUGCCAGACAAAUGUGAUUUGUGUACUCAAAUACAGCAACACAAAUUUCGUUUUCGAUAUGGGGAGGGGGGAUGUUUCCUUCUGAUAGCCAUUGCCGGCAGUUCUGGGAGCGGUUUUUUUAACCACGGCGAAAAGUUCUAGUGCAGAUGACGAUAUGGAUGUGUCAGGAUCGAAAUCGAGAAAAUCGAAAAAUUUGUGAUGCGUAAAAUGUAGAGCACUGAAGGCCUGUAUUGGGGAGCAGGCAUAUGAGGCCGAUUGUAAGCCUGUUUAGGGGUACGCAAUGUGCUGCCAGAGUAGCAUGACAGGAGCAGCGUUCUUUGCCCAAACAGCAUGACAGACUGGAUUUGGGUGCUCCCGAAAUUUGUCAUGCGCCACGUGGAAACUGAGGCUCCAACUGGCAUCGAUUUUGUGCAUCACAAAUUUUUCGAUUUUGCCAAUUUCGAUUCUGACACUUCCAUAGGCGAGCCGCAGCUCGUCGGGACCGCUAGCCCGGGAGUCCGGGCGGGGGAGGUCCCGGAUAGAACCGAGCCCGGUCGGACGAGGAGAAGGGAUGAUUUUCGACAAUUUUUCUGAAGGGUUCUUCUAGGACAUCUACAGCAGUCUUGCAUUUACUAGCCUGACAACUUGUGCGUUAAUAGCAUUAGAAUACAGAAAUUUGCAGUGCUGGUGAGCUACCAUUUAUUUGCUCAACAUUUUGACAAAGCGAUAAACUAGUACUUCGUUUUAUCGACAGAUUCUGCGGAGGUGCCGAACUUUGUUUGAGAUUUAUUUCGAGGACUUUGCGUAGGAAUCUUCAAAACGAAUCUCAACAUUCUCUUGAUCUGUAGAAAAGAGAUUUUUGGCAAAAUAAAUGCGAGCAAG